AUGAAGGACUCAGAAAUAUUGAGUAUGUUAAAUGGCAUAACUGAUGACCAAGCUGGGUAUUCAGAUAUCGGAGGGGACAGUGAUGCUGAAGACUGUUUACCUAUUGAAGUAAGUGUGAAUAGUUCAGUGACAAGAUCACUGAAUUCAUCUGGCCACAGUAGUACUCCACAGGCACACAAUGUCGAAUCUCCAUUUACACCAAGUCCUAGCUCAUCUGUGUCUCUAAACCAAAAUUUAAGGCCUAAAAGAGCAAGACGAGUUCUUUUAGAACAGAUACCUAAUACAAGUUCAAGUGAUGACAUGGAUGAUCCAGACAAAGAUCCUGAUGUAUGUUUUUUACCUCUUGCCCCAAUUUCUGAUACCUCAAGUUCAGAUGAUGAUGAUGCCACUGAAAAUCCACAGAUAGAAAAUUCAAAUUUCAAAUGGUCCAAAAAUGGUCAAACACCAAAUCAUUUUUCAAGAUUUAAAUUUAAUGAAAAAUUUGGUUUUAAUGUUGAAGUAGAUAAUUUAAUAAUAUUAAAUUACUUUGCAUUAUUUGUAAAUUCAACUUUUUUAAAUUUGGUAGUUAAUGAGUCUAAUUUAUAUGCUGCACAGUCAAACACUGAAUUAAAUUUAAGUGUUCCUGAAUUACAAGCAUUUAUAGGAAUUCUUAUUAUAAUGGGUUUUAAUCGUUUACCUAGUAUGAGAUUAUAUUGGUCGGAUGAUGAAAACUUUCAUAGUAAAAGAAUUGCAGACAUUAUGCCAGUUAAAAGAUUUUUAAAAAUAAUAAGGUUUUUGCACUUGAAUGAUAAUACUAAAAUGUUACCUAGAAGUUCCUUAGAAUUUGAUCGGCUAUAUAAAAUAAGACCCAUGAUAAAACAUCUAAAUACUGUUUUCCCUGAAAUGUUUUCGCCUUCACGUUUCAUGUCAGUUGAUGAAAACAUGAUUGCAUUUACUGGCAGAACUACUAUGAAGCAAUACAUGCCCCUCAAACCAAUUAAACGCGGUUUUAAAGUUUGGGUUCUAGCUUGUUCUGUUACUGGAUACAUGUAUUCAUUUGAUAUAUAA